CUGAAGCCUUUUCCCUUCCUGUUCUCCUGGGCUCUGCUGGCAGAAGAGGGGGCCUGGGGGCUGGGCCUGCUGAGCCCUGGCUAGGACCUUCUCUGCAGCGGGGGAACCCAAGAGCCUGGAGAGGGGAGAGCCCCCCCACCCCCCGGGCUGGGGCUGGAGCUGGAGUAUCUGGUGCCUUUCCUGCUGAGGCUGAGGUCCUCAGGAAUGCAGAGCUUCCAGGUACCCCGGGACCCCCAUGUAUGCCCUGGCCUCUGCCCUCUGCAGGUUCAGGUUCAGGGCAGUGCCUGAAGCCACAGUACAGGGUUGGGGUGUUGUUCUCCCUGCUUUGGUGCCCAGGGUUCUUGCACAGUGGUAAUUAUUCCAGCCUCCAGUCUCCUGAGUUGGGAGCAGAUUCUAAUUACAUCACGGUGUGUAAUUAGAGAAUCUAUCCUGGUCAGCCCCCGGGCUCUGGGCGCCUGUGUGAACAGCCUUCCCUCUGCCUCCUGCAGACGCACGCCCCUGGGUCUGAUGGACCUGGCCCUGGCUGGCCAACCCACGUCCCCCCACCCGACAGGCUAAUGUGCCCCAUCCUCUGGCCUGCCACCUGGCAGGGUGCACCCCCCCCCCCCCCCAUUCCCAGGCAGCCUUUCUGCCCCAGUCUGUAGCUGGGCCUCACACCACACCCAGCACAUCAGGAAAGCUCGUUCUGGUGGGGCAGGCAGGCACAGCUGUGUGCAGCCCGUAAACUCAGUGGGCGCCCUGGGCCCCACCAGGAGGUCUCUAGGGGAGGGGACAGUGGCAAGUGUGAGUUAGGAAGAUGUCAGCUCCUGCCGGCUGAACUCCCGUCCCAAACAGACUGGUGGUGGAGGCCCUGGGUGGGUGGGUGAGAGGCACACGGGAGGUUGGCUUGGGGCUGACCCAGCAUUACUGCAGAGCACCCUGGGGAUGCCAUCUGGUGGGAGGCCUGAGGAGAGGGGUGCACUGGUCAUCUGCCAGUUCGCUGUAGUGCUUGUGACUGAAAACCCAAGUCGUGGGGGCUGAUUAUGUUGAAAUGGGGUGGGUUGCCCCUCCCAGAAUGAGAGCCUGGAUGCAGGUUGCUGUCAGCAGCCCGGUCUCUCAUUCCUUCUGUUGCUAAAGCAGCUGCUAGCACCCCAGCCAUCACGUCCACAUUCCAGGCGGGAAAAGGGGGAGGGCCAAGGGUGGGUGGUGGUUUCUGUUGCAGUAGGGCAGGGCAAGGCCUGGGCUUCCUCAGCAGAGUCGUCCACACCACUGUCCACCACAGCCCCCAGCGAGCCGGGUGGGUGUUGUAUCUCAGCAUCAUGUGUGCAGUGAGAACUCUCACCAGGUCCUCGGUACUGCUGACCCUGUUGCCAGGGGGUCCAAGCUGUCCUCUGACCUGGGGCCACGGUGAGCACUUUUGUCGAUAACUGGACGCACAGCAGUGCAGAGGAAGGGCCAGUGGGGGGGUGGUGGCAGCAGGGUGAUCAGGAAGGUGCCCCUGGACGCCUGACUCCUCGUCCCUGGGCCCAGGUCAGACGUCCAAAGGCAGGACGAGAAGGUGCCCCCUGAGAAGGAGGUGGCCGGCGGUCCUGCGCUGGUCAGCCUGCACAGAUCCCUCUGGCCCUUCAGAUGGGGGGCGAGGGAUGGAGGGAGGCACCCGGAGAACCAGCGGGAGGAGUACUGUGGGGUGCUCUGCAGGCAGGGAGGGGCCAGAGCUGCAUCCAAGUAAAUUCUGGGGCCCCAGCCUGGGUUUGGGGGCAGCCAGGACCUGGGCCUUUUAACGGGGCGUCGGUGGUUUGCGGUCACGCUGCCUCUGCUUGCGUCUUGCCUGACGAGAAGACCUGUCCUGGCAGUGCAGCGGGACCUUCCUGGUGCCUGAGGCUGGUGGGUUGCUAGAGACCCGGCGGCCCUCAAGUCCCAGGCCUCGGCUCCGGCUCUACCUGGGGUCGGGGGGGCGGCCGGACACGGCACAACUUGGCCACAGGGGCGGCCCCGCUGGGCUCAGGUGCUCGCGGACCAGGCCCCUGCCGACAGCGCCUGAGUUCGGGUAGGGGUUGUGCAGACGGAUGCAGGGUCCAGGCCCCUGGUCUUCAGACACUCGCGUGUACCAUGACGUCUCACACGGAGUAGCACAGUGUGGCUAAGUGCACGCACACGGGAAUACACGGGUGUGGACGGACGUGGGUGUACACGCGUGGAUAAAUGCACAUUCUGGGGAGGCCUGUAGAAAUCCCUACCAUGCUGCCCGGCUCCCACGCACCUGGGACGCUCGCCUUACCCGCCCCAAGGCUCCGGCUGCCAUGGUGGGACAGGCCUGGACAACACAGGAGGACUGCUACUGGAGGGGGGAGCGGAGGGCCGGAGCUGUCGGCUGCAGCCCCACAUCGUUGUCAGUGCCGCAGGGAGGGGCCGGCCCGCUGUCCCCCUCUCCCAGCGCCAAGGGACACCUUCUCUCGGAGCUGCCUGGAGCCUGAGGUGGCUGCCGUCCCUGACAGCACAGGCUCGGGUGGGGACCAUCUCUUGGCACCAAGGGCGGGCUAGGGCCCCACGUUGUGGAUAGGCCCAACCCUGGGAGCAGGUGGGGCCCCCUCUUCCAGAAGAGCGCAGGGCCUGGGGACACUUGGGGCUGCUUUGGGGACAGCUCAGCUGCAAGGCCUCUGGGUUUAGCGGUCAGCACUGCGGACUUAACCUGGGCUUGGCCAGAAGCCCUCAGAGGACCCUGUGACCCUGGUCCUGCUUGGUUGAGGGUCCUGACGAGUGCAUGACCUUGGCUGGGGGUGAGGGGCAGUAACAGCGCUGACCCUUGGCCGUUCCCGCCCUAGGACGAGGUGCCCUAAACUCCUCGGUCAGUUAUCCCCUGUGGGGGGGGGGGGGUGCGCGCUGGUGAGUCCAGAUUUGGACAGGAGGCAGCACUGGGGCACAUCUUUUGACCCAGGAGAUGCUGCUGCUGGCUGGGGUCACACCCUGUGGGGGGGCCAGGCGGGGGUGGGGAAUAGACAGGACACUGGCCUGGGAGACCUGGGGAAGUCCUCACCCUAGCCCCACGCGGGGCCCGGCCGACCUCUGGAACACCUGGUCCCACUUGGAAGGACAUAACUGUCGUGGGGCACACGCGUGGGACUGUGAGCGUGUGUGUGUGUGCGCGGACGGUAUACGAGCUUGCAGGUGCAAACUCAGACAUGCUCCGUAGGCGUUUGCGUUACGCGCAUGACUUCCUGUCAGAAUGGGGCGAAAGCUCUCAUUCCAAUUCAGGAGCGCUCGUAUCAAGAAGAGAUGAAUUUUACUGAAUUCCUUCUUGGUUCCUGUUGAGAAAGUCAUGUGUUUUGUUAUUUUGUUAUUAUUUUUCCCGCUGGGGGGCGAAUGGUGGGAUUACUUUCCCUCAUGCUGCUCGGCUUUGCAUUCCUGGGGUCACGGGCUUGGCUCGGGUUGUGUUUUGGUUGCUGGGGUUUCCUGAGCGGGGGCUGCUGAGAGGGGCAGCUUGGGCAUCGCCUUUGAAACCCGCGGGUCUCCAGGGAGCUUUCCACACGGUGUCUCUGAGCUGCCACCCUCUGGAGGGGGGAGGGGUGGCGGGGAGGAGGCAGAUGUGCCUGCCUUUGCCCUGCGCGGAGCCCGUGGAUCCCCGAGGCAGGAGCCCACCUGCCCGCCGGGCUCUCACCAGCCCCAUGCCCAGCCCCCAGGUGGAAGUCAGGACACAGGCCUCGUGCUGAAGCCCUGGUGUGUGUGUGGGGUGGCCCAGUGCAGCCUCUAGUCCCGCCUUCCUCCUGGGGAGGGAGCCCUGAGGUUCUGCAGAGGCCACUGUGGGCCCAGCGGGACCCUGGCCUGGCCUGCCCCACGGAUGUCCUGCUCCCAGCAUUCCAGAAGGAGCAGGUCACUGUGUGGCGGUUAGCACCUCUCUCGGGUCUUGCCGUGGGUCUUCCCCUCACAGUCCCUACCUGGACAGGGCCCGCCCUCCUCCCUGGCCCCUGAAGCCUGCGGGGGUCUCCUUGUCAUCUGUGACAAAAACCCGCCGCAUAAGGAACGUCUCCAUUAGUCAGUCACAUUCUCCUUCCCAGCCAGCUGCGCGGGGCCUCCCAGCCUGUCUGCGCCGAAUAACUAGAAGGCACGGCCAGCCCCCGUGCCACCCUCGACCCUUCCCUUGGUCUUGACUGUAAACGCGCUCAAAGUGAAGUGUCCGCUCAGGAGUGGGGGGCUUGAUCUCAGGGGAUGUGGAAGGUGAGAGUCAUGGGGGACGGGCAGCCUCAGGAGGGGAGCCCGGAGGGGCCCACAGAGGACCGUGUGCCCACGGCCGCCUCCUGGGGAGGCCCAGGGACCCGGUGACCGAUUUUCAGAAGCCUGGGUGCGUAUUGACUGUGUUGGCUCUGCCAGGGGCGCUUGGGGCCAAGUGGCAUCAGGGGUCCCCAAUGUCAAGGCCGCUGGGGCGGGGAGACCCUGUCCUAACCCUGCCCCACCGUCCCCAGCUUGUGUUGGGCCUGCACUCCCUCCUCUGGAUUUGGGCACAGCCGUGGACUUGAUCUGGCCUCGGGUGUGAGGGACACGUACCACUUUGGGGGAUGCUUCUGGAGUCCGCGCGUGGUGCACCGUGCUGGUGUGGUGACCGGCAGGGCUGCAGACCGUGGCCUGUCCGGCAGCCUGGGCUCCCACUGUGUGCACCACAGGGACCAGAGCUCCGGCCCACCCACAGCGGGGUGGAAGCCACUGGCUAUUUGGGAAUGUUCCUUCCUGUGACGGACGCACCUGCUUUCUGGUUCCCACCGAGAAGACCGAGGAGUGAACAGAGAGCGCUACUCUGGCUCCUGAGGUCAGGAGCUGGUGCCCUGCCCAAGCCAGGCCAGAAACACCGGGAAACGACGGGUGUCUGCAGCAAUGAGCCGCACACCCUCCCGCGAACGCAGAGUUCUCUCUCGAGCGCAGUGGGGCCGGAAAUCCACCUCUGAGGAAAGCCCCACUGAGGGUGGCGGGACAGCGAGAAACAACACUGAUGCUCUGCACCUGACUUGAGUCCAAGAGGCGGCAACUGCCGAGUGCAGAAGACAUUGCCCAGUGAGGCUUCUAGAAGGCGGCCAAAAAUGCGCUCGGAGGAAAGCUUACCAUCUUAAAGGGCCUUGAUAUAAUCAAGGGAGAAUUAAAAUAGGGGCGCCUGGGCAGCUCCGUCCGUUGAGUGUCCAACUCCUGAUCUCAGCUCAGGUCUCGAUCUCAGGGUCAUGAGUUCAGGCCCCGUGUUGGGCUCCAUGCAGGGCGUGAAGAGUCCUUAAAAAAAAGAACUAAAAUAAAAUGUGAAUUAAACGUUCAAUUCCAGACUGUAGAAAAGAAAAAUAAGAUAAAACCCAAGGAAGCGGGAGGAACAUGUGAACAAAGAUAAGAGGAGUGGCUGGUUUGGCCAACAGCAGACAUCGGAACAGAGACACCAAGUCCACGAACGUCCCCUGGGAGGAAUCUGGGGGCAUGAGCUUUGGGAGUUGGGUGGCCAUCAGGAAGACUCCCCCCUGUGCUGUCAGGGCAGCCCUGGGCUGGUGCCCCUCGGCCUGGCCUGUGCCUCACCCAGCAAGCCCCGCCCCACCCCACCGACAGCGACAGGCCCCGUGGUCUGCCGUUGCCUCUGAGGAUGGCACCGGGAUCACAGGCCUGGCCUCCCUUCCCCCCUCCCUGUCCCCCUUUACCUCCCCGCCCCUGCCCUGCCCUCCCCUCCAUCCCCUGUCCCCUCUGCCCUCUCCCCCCACUCCCUUCCCUGCAGACCGUGUACUAGCCAGGAGCUCUCUGCUCUGGUCUCUGAGAUGCCCUUGGGGGCAGACAGUGGGGCCCUGGUUUCUUGCCUCCUGCCCUUCCUACCAAGGGGAAGGAUUCUGGACUGAGCCACAGGGAGCUGGGCUCCCAGGAUGGUGCAGGGGGUCAAAGACUCUGGCUGCCAAAGGGAUCGUUUCUCAUGGCCCAAGCGAUCUCGUGGCAAUCUGGGAAGAGAGCCAGAGCCCCUGGUGCUGGAGUGCUUGAGCUUAAGGAGCCCCAGUGGGGCCUGCGGGCCGGGAAGGUGCCCUGUGCACCCCUGUCCAGGGCCGACGGGGGGGUGGUUCCGAGGCCAGGGGCCGGUGCCCAAGAGCACCCAGCUCAGCCAUGCCAGGGUGUGUCCUGGGGAGCGGCCUGGGGACCCCCAGCAUGCCUCUCCUCCCACCCAACCCCAAGAACUGAGCUUGCUCUGCCAAGUCCCCUUCCUCAAGAGAAAGCGGGGCCCUGUGAAGUGUUGUUGGGGUGACGCUGGCUGAGGGAUCCUGUCUGUGCACGUGGCCCCUCUCCCAGCUGGACGGGUGGCCUCAGAGCGCCUUCUCCUUCAUUCUGUCCAGCUCAAGGCUGUGAGCAGAAAGACAAGCAGCCGCUGGAGAUGAAGCAGAGCUGUUUGAUGAAAAUAACAAGAUGGGGGCGCCUGGGUGGCUCAGUCGGUUAAGCGACUGCCUUCGGCUCAGGUCAUGAUCCUGGAGUCCCGGGAUCGAGUCCCGCAUCGGGCUCCCUGCUCGGCAGGGAGUCUGCUUCUCCCUCUGACCCUCCUCCCUCUCAUGCUCUCUGUCUCUCAUUCUCUCUCGCGCAAAUAAAUAAAUAAGAUCUUUAAAAAAAAAAAAAAAGAAAAGAACAAGAUGGCCCUGCAGCCCAGGCGGCCGCACCGCAGGGCUGAGCCUUGUGGCGGCGUCUGGGUUUUGUCUGCAGUGUGCUCCCCCAGAGAAACGUGAGCAUGGCCGCAGCCCAACCCAGCAGCACAUUCCACAAGCACAGCUCCUGGGCCCCAAAUUCCGAAGGCCGUCCCUACUGGAAAGGGGGACACGACUGGGGCGUCCUCCAUGGCCGUGCUGUCCAGCCGUGGCUAGGCGUGUUCAGGACGAUGGUAGGGCAUGCCAGUCCCGGCCUCGGGCAGUGCACACGUCCGCGCACGGAGCCCUCCCAACCCCGCCAAGGAGUGUGGAGGAGGAAAUUGAGGCAGGGCACCCUGGGUCUCCUCACCCAUGGAGCAGAGCCUGAGGCCCAAGAUGGCCCCGCUGCCGCCUCCACCUCCCGGGGUCACCCUUCCCACAUGGCUUGGAGCUUCUCUGAGGACACAGGCCCCAGGCCCACGCAGUGGAGGCCGGCCUGGCCCUUCCCAGGGCCUGCUGUCCCUGCAGGCCGGACUCUCUCUCCUGUGCCCCAGCCCCCCUCCUGCCCGGCUAGCCCCACCCCAUCUUUUCCUCCCUGAUGUCCCUGGGACUCCGUCCUGCCCUCACUGGUCCCCCUGCCCCCAUCCCCACCCCACCCCAACCGCCUCUGCACCUGUCCUGGGACUGGAGGAAGUUUUCCUGAAUCCCAGCCCUGCCUGGAGUGUCCAGAACCCAUGCAGGCUACGUGUACUCCUCCCCUCCGACCUUCCCAUCCCCACACCUGUCUCAUCCCUGACACCUGUCCCAUGCCCCAUACCUGUUCCAUCGUUCACACCUGUCUCAUCCCUGACAUCUGUCCCAUCCCCACACCUGCCCCAUCCCCCACACCUGCCCCAUCUCCCACACCUGAUUCAUUCCUGACACCUGUCCCAUCCCGCACACCUGUCCCAUCCCCACCUGUCCCAUCCCCACAUCUGUCCCAUCCCCACACCUGUCUCAUCCCCCACACCUGUCCCAUCCCCCACACCUGUCUCAUUCCUGACACCUGUCCUAUUCCCCACACCUGCCCCAUUCCCCACACCUGUCUCAUCCCCGACACCUGUCCCAUCCCCCACACCUCUCUCUUCUCUGACACUGUUCCGUCCCCCAAACCUAGUCCCACACACCUGUCCUAGCCCCAGUGAACAUGUCAGGUGCCUACCCUCGGUAGCUACCAUCCAGGUGACAAAACCCUAAUUGUCCGUGUCCCUGAGCCUUGGGGCAGGCGAUGGAGUGGCAGGUACAGUCGGAGUGGAACUGCAGCCCCAAGAGCUACCGGGGAAUGAGCUGGCCCUGUCCUCUGAGAAGGCACGAGUUUGUGUGCUGUCAGGGAGGCCCAUGCACUGGACUCCACCCACAGCAGUGCUUCGGAGGAGGACCCUGGGGCCGGGAUGAGGUCUGAUGACCUCAUGUGUGAUGACCUGGGGUCUGGGAGACCCCCAGGCACUGUCCACGGGAGCCUUGGCCAGCUGGGCGGCACUGGCCCCGGGGAGCGCUGGGGCCCUCCCUCAGGAGUCUUGUCGACCCCAGCACGGUGGUCCCCAUCUUGGCCUGUGUCCCCAAAGCUGUGGGCUGCGGGGUGGGAGGGCUCAGGGCGUCUGGGAGGAAGAAGGGUUGGUGAUGGGGUUCUGUUAAAGUAUUCUGCAUUCCUGCACGUAGGAAGCUAAAUUCCACGGAUUUUUGUUUAUGAGACGUUAUCAAUGAUUUACAUUUUUGUUCAGCUUUUUAUUUACUAGGUGUUCAGCCGAUAUUUCUAAACCGCACCACGGUGCCGUGACAAGGGCCUGCAUGUGUGUGCCUCUGUGCACGCGUGUGUGUUCAGACAUGCCCGUCAUGUGUGCACACCCACGUCCUGGCUGUGUGCGCGAGUGUGCGCCUCGUGUGUGAAUGCACGUGUUUUCCAAACACGUUGCACUGCAUUGUGUCGGGUGUUCACGCCUGCGCGCGUGCCUGUGUGCGCCUUGUGCGUACAUGUACACACACGCAUGUGUUCAAGCACGUGGGUUGUGUGUGCACACGAGUGUGCGAAAGGCAGCUCUCUUGUUCUUGGGCUCCUGCGCUCGAUGUGUCCAUCUGCGUCAGGGGCGAUGCCCUGCGGAGUUCAGCCGUGCGGCAGCUUGGCGCUGGGGAAGCCAUCUGCUCCGAGAGAUGGCUCCCCAAGUUCUUCCUUUUCCCCAUUUAGGGCCAGGUCCCAGCCUGGGGACAGAGCUGAGUGGCCUCCCCCUCCUGCCUGCUGGUGGGUCCUGGGUGCCUCUGACUGGCAGCCCAAGGUCAAGUCUCCUUAAUUAGAUGGUUUCCAGGAGCCAUGUAACAAACAUGCCUUCCGGAAGCAACAGGAGUAGCCCAUCUCCCAGGAGGGAAGGGAAACAAGAAGCUGCUGGUGGCCACACCGGGACACCUGGAGGCCACCCAUGUGCGGGUGGGGUGGGGGUGCUGAGCUUGGCAGCUGCUGUGCAGGAGACCAGCCUGCACGCUCAGGACUGUCUGGGCACCAAGGGCCUCCCUGUGGCCAGGCCUAGGAGCAGCUGGGGCCAGAGGGAGGAAGGGCAGGGUCAUGAGAUGACCCCUGGAAAUAGACAGGUGCCAAGCUCUGCUUCUGGGGCCUGGAGCCUGGCCGGGGUAGGGACGGGGCCACAGGGGUGCCCAGGGGCCUGCAGGCAGGCUCUGGUGGACUUGGGGCUCCACUUGCCCAGAGUCUCAGCCUGUCUCAGGCACCUGCUCCCCAAACCGGCUCAUUAGAGAGGACUCUGCCUCCAUCGUCCCUCCAAGCCUAGGCCCUGGUGGGUGGGUGGGGGAUGAGGUGGUCUUGCCCCUCAGAAAUGGGUCUGUGGCCCCUCCCUGGACCUGGCCUCAUUGCGGGGAAGGGCUGGUGGUCCCCCAGAGGAAGCUGAUGUCCUGCAGGCAGCAGGAGCAUCCUGGCCUGAGCCCUGAAAGGACUCACGUGGGAUAUAUUUUGAAAACCAUGAGGUUUCUCCUCAGUACUCAGCUCCGCAGGAGAGGUGAGGGAGGUCCGUGUCCGUGCAGCCCCGGGGGAGAAGUGAGGGAGGUCCGUUUGGCCCCGCGAGAGAGGUGAGCUUAGGACCCUUGCCUGUCCUGCCUGGCAUCAGGUGCAGCUCUUCUUCUCGCACCGCAGAGGCGUGAAGGAUGAGCCAGGGGGGCCCUGGGUAGGCUCUGCAAACGGUGGGUGUUCUGCACGCACACAGUCCCCAGGGGGGCAUUGCUGAGGGGACCUCCUGGCGCAGCAGGGAGGGAAGGGGGAGGGGCUGCCCUGUCUGGGGCGGGGGUGCUGGGCAUCAGCCUGUCUCCUCGCUGCCCCGGCCUCUGGGCUGAGUCCCGCACUCGUGGGGAAGGAGGAGAGGGUCAAGGCCCACCAGCUGCACACAGGCUGCCCGGCCCAGCCCAGAGGUCCUGAUCCCCUGGGGCUUGAGUGGGGACGGAAAUCCAGAUCUGAACUGCUCUUCCCAGGUGAUUCUUCUGUGCAGCAGGGCCAAGGUGCGGCGGAGGGAAAGGCCCCCAAGCUGUGCGCCCGGCAGAGGCUGGACUGUGGGCCCCGUGGGCAGUGGGGUCCACCCACCCCCAGCGUCAGAUCCGAGGUUCCUUGUCCCUGGAGCUCCUCAGCCUGGCGCCCUUUGUGCCGAGGGGCGGAGCUUGCUGUGUAGCUUGGUGCCCGCAGGAGAAACACCUUUUAUCUUCAGUGCAUUUUGAGCUUUUUGGCAAGCCCCUUAGGUGCCGCGGCAGGCAGCCCCUGCAACCCCCUCGGCCCUGAGCUGGAGCCUCCCUGCGGGCCUGGGAAUCGGGGGGCCAUCUGCUCCCCAAGGGACAAGGCGGGCAGGGCAUGGGCUGUGAGCAGUCCGUGGCAGAGCCCGUGGUGGAUGAUGGGACGGGAACCAGACAAAACCCCACAGGAGAGACCCCGGGCCCCCGGGACGGUGCUGCCUGGCCCGGCAGUCUCCCCCCGCUCAGCAGUUGCCUCUGGGAGGCCGCAGGCAGGCGCCCACAGGACUCUCCAGCAACCCUAAUUCCCUGCCCAGGGCAGGAGACGUCAGGAAGUGGGCCCCUCCCUCUUGCCACACUCUGUCCCCAAGCCCCCCGGACGCAGGGCCUACCCUGAGGUCUGCAGGCCCUGGGAGCUGGGAAGGGAGGGGCAACCGGCUCUAGCGGGCAGCAGGGGCCUGGCCUCUCGGUGGGCACCUCCUGGCAAGCUGGAAGGGUCCUGGCAUGCAGAGAGAGGCAUGGCCCCAGGUGCUGGCACGGCCCUACUCCUCCACAGCCCCCAGAGAUGGGCCCCGUGACCCGGGGCGGGGACUAACCUUGUCCCGAUCUUUCAAGGCUCCUGGGUAGCCUGCUUGUGCUCUCAGGAUGUGGGGGCCACCAGCCCCUCCUGCUGCCCCUGGCCUGGUUCCCGUCAGCCGCGGCUCAGCCUCCCUGGGGGGUGGGGUGCUCUGUGUUUGUCAUGAUGAGAAUCAGGCCCCCUGAGUGUUUUUGCUCAGGCGAGCGGUCUGUGACUGUAACACAUAGCAUCCCCGGGGGCGUCAACAGGAAGGUGCUCUCCCAGGGCCGGGGGCCGCACGUCCGGGGUCCAAGUGUGUGCAGGGCUGGAUCCUCCCGAGGCCUGUCUCCCGGGCGCGUGGACGCCGUGCUCUCCCCGUGUCCUCACACAGUCGCCCUCGGUGCGUGUCUGUGUCCUGAUCUCCUCCUCUCCUGGGGACACGGGUCAGAUUGCAUGGGGGCCACCUCAGUGACCUCAUUCUACCUUAAUCCCCUCUGUGUAGACUCGUCUCUGUAGUCACAUUGUGGGGUGCUGGGGUCAGGGCUUCAGCAUACACUUUGAGGGGCACAGCUCAGCCCAGGACAGGGCAUUAGCAUCCUUGGGUCUAGGGUGCCCUGGCUGCUCACCCGUCUGGCUGCUGGCAUCUCUGGGCUCCAGGGGUACUCGGGGGGUCGCACCUGUGUGGAGGCCGAGCCUCUGAUCUGAAGAUGGCCAGGCUGUGGGGCCAUCGACUGUGGGGCCUGUCCUGGGCCGGAUCCACAUGGACCCUGCAGGCCUGUCACUGGGUCCCUGCGCCCUCCUGUCUGUGAGGAGAACCGUGUCCUCUGUAGGGCCAGCUCCGUCUGGGAGCCCUGCCCGCCCUGUGGGCCUCACAGCUGCCACGUCCUUGGGGCCCUCAGCCCGGGGCGGGGCCACGGCGUCCUGUCCCCUUCCCCGGGCGGCCCACCUGUAGGCUGUUGCCUCCCACCUGCUGCCCAUUGCUGCUGGGCAGGAAUCUGCACCUCUGAUCGCCCCUGACUGCGUUUCAGAGCUUGGCCUUCGCUGCCGCCGAGCCCCUCCUCUGCUGGGGGCGCGGGGUGCCAUCCCGCCUGGAGCUGAGGCGCCUCGCCCAGGCACAGCCCCCGUGUGAGGGAGGGCCUCAAAGGGACCCCUGCCGUCAGGCGAGAUCCUGCCUCCCUCUGAGCGGCUGCCCUGCAGCAGCCCCGCACGGGGUCAGCCGUGAAAUGAAAAGGGGCUUCUUUGGGCAAAGCAGUCUGGGAGACGCAGCGUUAGGCAGGGUUGCAGAUUGGCUUGCAGCAGGACUUACCAGAGCCUCUAAUGGGCUGUGUGACCUCUGACGCUGCAGAGGGUCCCAAACCAGUCAGUGUUCCGAUUUUCAUGGAGAGUCUCAUUCGGGGCUCACCUCUCACCUGCAGGAGGGCCUUUGCCCCCUGGGGAAGCGGCCAGCCCGCGCUCGGGCCGCGUCCUAGAGGCUCUCCCGGGUCACUCACUGGCUCUGAUUUAUCUUCCCACCGGUGAGGAUGCUGUUCACUCUCCCUUUCACUCUGAAAACCUCAAAUGCCUUUUUUCUUUUAAAAAGUCAGAUUUCACCCAGUUUCCUUACUGGUCGGAUCGUGGGCGUGUCCCGAGCUGGGCUGGUGGAGUCCGUGUGGGUGUAGACCACUGUGCGUGGGCCUCGCGUGCUGGGGUUCCGUGUGGGCCCUUUGCAGGCCGGUGGGCGGGGGGGUCUCCGGACGUUGGCCAGCGCCAGCUUCAGGGCUGGGCUGUGCUCAGGGCGCUGUGAGCGCCAGGCUGCUCGGUGGAGACCUCACCCUGCUGUGGGUACGGGAGCCGUGUCCCCGCGGGCAGGAGGUGGGCCAGGCUUGUCUCCCUUCGCCGGAAGCUGCAGAUGGCAGGAGGUAAAAAGGCAGAAUGGGACAGUCCGGGCACUCGGGGUCCCCGGCGACCUCACUUUCAAGACUCCCCUGCCCUGUGGGUGGCGGGGGAGGCCCAGGCUUUCCAGGGAGGGCAAGGGCCAGGACAGCGCCCGGGGGGGGGCCAGGUGCCCCGUGGCACCUGCAGCGGUUUCCAGGCACCCACGGGCCUGUGGGCCCCCACCUCUGCCACUCCGUGCGGUCCCGCCGGGCAGAGUCCAGACCCCGCUGCCCGCCCCCCCGAGGUCUCCACGGGGAGCGAGUAGGGCUAGUAGCGGUCUACACGGCCACCCAGCGUCCCUCCUCCUGGGCACGCGGACGGGCUGCAUCUGCUGCCAGGGUGCGGCCGGGGGCCUGGCUUGGCUGCUGAGAUGGGGAGCGAGUGUGUCACCCUGGGCAGAGCGCUGGGAGCCCCGGUGACAGUGAAGGGCCCCCAGCUUCUGUCUCCCGUUGCCCCGUGUGCGGCAGGCCUGCUCUGCCCCCGGUCCUGGGCGACGCCCCCGCCAGCCAGCAGGCAGGGGUGCGUGGAGAGGGGCCGCUGGCAGACCGGGGACUGCCCGUUAGCGGCCCGGCCCAGAGCCACCUGUGCUUUCCACCCGCAGGAGUCGGGCCACGUCUGCCUCGUGGUUCUGAGGGUUUGAGAGCACCCGGCCGGACUUGCACCUGCUGUCCUCGCUCCACACCUCUUGGCUAGUGGGUCCGUGGUGCCAAGUGUUUUCCAGGCCGGGAUCAUCUCUGGUUCCGCCGUGAUGUUUGCAGACUCCACAGCACCGAGCAGGUCUGUGUUUUCCAGGUAUUUCGCCCCCCCAGCGGCCCCAGCUGCUUCCUUGCGAUGCCACAGAGAAAGCAGGAGCUGUGUCCGUCCUGCUCACCCAUGCCGGUCCCGCAGACGUGGGGGGGCAGGCCCGCGUGUGGCUCCAGGCCAGUGUGGCAUGGCCACCUCGACGCCACAGGCCCCGAACCCGGGAACGCGUGCCCAUCCUUCUCCCGAGCUCUCCCUGAGCUCUGGUUUAGCCUCCUCAACGCUGCCCGCCACGUGGCUGCCCGCUGCAUGGUCAGGUCGAGCUGGUGGCCGGCAGGCUGGACGGCCCGUUCGGGCCCAGCCCCUGCCUCCCUCUCCGUCCGGGUGUCCCCACGUGGGGACCACCUGUUCCCGCUGGCUGAUGCCCCGGCCCCGAGACCCAGCUGCUCGGCCCUGCAGAUGCUCCCCUCCUGAGAUUCUUCUGAGUGUGUGGUUCUCCAGACGUAAAGCAAUACUUAGGCUCCACUGGCAUGAGGUGUCCGCAGACGGGCUAAUGGUGACCUUACAGCUUUCUUCAGGAAAGACCUGGAUAUCAAUUCCACGCGCAAAUAAAGGGUUCAUUCCCGUGAUCUUCCCCAAAGAGACUUCCUGUCCUGAUAACUUCACUCUGCCAAAAACCCCAGCAAAAACAAAACAAAGCCAAACGACCUUAGGAAAAUAGACACUGAGGGACACCCUUCAGGACCGUAGGAAAAUCCGCCCAGACUCUUAGCCGCCGUGGGUCCAACAGCAGCGCAGCUACACAUCCCGUCCAGGCCAGACCCCAGCCCGGGCGCCGGUGGUGCCCCGUGCUUGCCAAGGUGGGGCAACUGAAGGGCUAGGAGCCCCCAGGGAAGAUGAGGCACGGGGAAGGUGUCUUACUGCAGAAGUUGAAGAAGCCCCUCUCUUUCAUAUAUAACAGUGUCAUCCAUUUAGAAAAUACAAACAUCGGGGUAUUAGUUUGAAAAAUGCCCCCCCCAGAUGUGUUCACAUCCUAAUUUAUGAAAUCUGAAUAUCACCCUGCGUGGCAGAAGUUGUGAUGUAAGCGAGGAUUUUAGGGGGAGGAGGUGGUCCUGCUUGUCCGGCUGGGCCGCAGGGCACUCACAGGUGUCCUUGUAAGAGAGAGACAGGGACAUCUGGGUGGCGCAUGGAGGGGACGCGUGAGGGACAGCCCUCAGCCUGGUGCCCCCCCGUGCCUCACGUGGGGAGGGCGCGCCCCGUCAGGAACGCGGGGAGGGCAUUCCAGGCUCACCUGCUGGAUGGCAGGAGUUUCCACCUGAACCCCUCUCCCGGGAGCUCUUUGCUCAGGUGAUCCCAGGUGGAAGGGGGGCACGAGCUCGGGAACAGGGAAUCAGAGAGGAGCUUCUGCGGAGGAGGGGGGCUCAGCGCCUCACCUCCCGCCUGCGCCUGAUUUCCUGCAAUGGAGAAGAGCCGCGGAUGAGCACUGUGGUCAGCAGAUGGCCCCGGGCGGCAGCCAGUGCGGCUGCCGUGUGCUGGGGGACUGUGGCCCUGUCCCCCUUUCCUUCCAAGGUGCUGGAGGCCUCCGUUUCCAGUGUGGCCACCUCGAGGGUGAAGGGGAGCCUCCAGUGACCGUGCCCACUGAACGUCCUUGUCCAGGUGUGUUCAGGAGCUCCUGGGGUGGCCGCCCCCCUGCCUUCUCCCCGCAGACCCUCUGGCCGGAGAGCCCUGGGCUUAGCAGCGCAUCAGCUCCCUCCUGGGUAUUUACCUGGGCGAACUGGAAGCUUAUGUUCACGGCCACUUUCCGUGGUCGCCAAAACCUGGAAAGAACUGCGAUCCUUUGAAAGGUGAGCCGACAAGCCGACCUGCACACCCACAGCACGGAGUCAGAUGGGGACGGACGGGAGUGAGCUGUUACUCGCAAGCACAGAUGGGUCUACACUGCACUGUCAAACCUGACCCAACAGGCUAGAUACCGUAUGAUCCCGGUUGUGGGACAUUCCGGAAAAGGCAAAACUCCGGUGAUGGUGAGUAGAUGGAAAUCGCUUCUGUUGGUCGGUGCUCUGGCUCAGCCUGGACUCCUGUGUGAGCCGAAGCCCAGAGCCGCCAAGUUCUCCGGACCCGGGCACGUCAGUGACUGCAGCCCGGGCCCGGGGUCUCCUCCCCACACGCCGUCCCCCCUUGUCCUGGCGCUCGUGCGGGAAUGGCCCUGACGUCACCGUCACGCCCCAUUGUGCUUGUAGAGAACGCCCAUCAUCCUGAGCUGGCCUGAGGAGUGGGGGGCAGCACGACCUCGGGGCCUUGGCCGGCCAUUUUCAUGGUGUCCCUGUUGUUUCUCAGCAUUGGUGGCUCUGCCCGGGGUGACUCACCUGUGGAGGUGACGGUGGGGAGUGAGGGUGGUCGGAGACAGUGUCAGGGAGAGCAGGUGAGGGAGUGCCCAGGAGCUGGACGAGCCGCUGAGAUUGUCCCGUGCACAUGGCCCAACUGGAGGCCAGUCUGGGGCCGGUUCAUGGCUUGCCCGAGUUCCCACGGGGUGCUGUCCUGCCCCUGCCCUACGGUAUCUGCAGAAGGUGGCCCCAGACACGGCCAAGGGAAAGCAGGGGUCGAGUUGACCCGUCUCCUACAAGUGGGGGUCCAAGGAGGGCUGGCCUCGUGCAGGUCAGCCUCCGAGCUGAGCCAGAUGCAGCCCGAGCGAGGGGCAGCCGAUCUGGGCAGGUGCUGAGCUGGCGGGUCAGCCGUGUCUCAGCGAUCUUGGCGAGCUGAGCACAGAAGCUGCACACGUGGGCACCCGGGAGAUGUCGCUGCACAGGAACGAAAGCAGGAAUCACACCCAUCUGUUUGGCACGCGUUCCCUGGGUGUCUGUGAACCCUGGUGGGGCUCUGGACAGACACACAGACCGCAGCCUGGCCAGGCGUGUCCUGGGAGGGAGUCGCAGGGCUGUCCAUUAUUUCCAAUGAACCGAAGUCCUCGUGGGUCCCCCUGGCCACACGCACGCUGGGGUUGGUUCAGUGCAUCGAGAGCGGUGCGGCCCUACUCUUCAAGAGCCAGCAAGGGGAUUUUUGAAAAUGCAGGAUUCUGCAGCGUCCUGCUGUCCCAUUUCCCGGGAGUGGGAGCUGGGGCUCGGAUCCCAGGCUGUCUCUGGCCAGCAGUGAGGGCCUGGCCGAGCUCCCUCCCCCCGCCUACCCCUGUUUCCUCCCAGGAAGGUGAGAGGCUCUGCAUCCCCGGAUCUGGUACCCUGGAGCCUCCUGCACCAGGCCCCUCCACAGGCACCGGGCAUGGUCGCCAAGGGCAGGGCGAUAGCAGGGGCACACCUCCCCAACCCCGAGGGCUGGCUUCUAGAAUGUCCCGCAGAGACACACUCCCCGAUCCCUCCGCACCACAAACACAACGCCCUUAGUGUUAUGGCAGGUGUGAGCAGAUCAGGCUUCGCAGGGAGGGGACUGCCAGCCGGCCAAGGCUGAGAACCGCUGAGGCCAGAGGCCAGGGCGCUCCUGGCACAGGGUGUCCGGGGUCAGGGCGGGGCCGGGCUGCUCCUGGAGAGCCGCGGCAGGGGAGAGUGGCGUGGCAGGUGCCCAGUGCCCUGGGCGGCCCUGCUGUGCUGUGUCUCCCCUGGGCAUGCAGGUGGUGGACCCCGACGGCGGGCAUGGUGCCUGUCCCCUGGGGCCGCGAGCACAGUCGGCGUGGGCUGGCCUGUCCUACCUCUUACAGAAAUCCUCUUCCAGAACUUCUGAACAUUGAGAUUCAAUUCACAGUUCUUGAAAUUCGCCGUUUUAAAUUGUAACUCGGCCCCACUUAGUCUGUGGAUGCUCAUGCCACGGUCUCCUCCAUCUGGGUCCAGAAGGUUCUCACCACCCCGAACAGAAGCCCUGCCCCCACCCACGCUCACUGGUCCCGUCUUCCACGCGGCUCCUCCCUGUCUCCGUGCAUCUCACCCGGUGGAGAUCCCAGCGGAGAUCCCAGCGGGGCCGCGUGCACAGUCGUGCGUCCGCCACGCGCCCCCCCCCUCCCCCCCCGGGCUCGCUGCCUCUGCACGGGAUUCAAGGGACCCGCCGGGCUCUUUUCUCUUCCGCCUGGAGGACGGGCAGGCUGCUCGUGACGGAUGUGCUAGAUUGGGUUUAUUUUUGUUAUGUCUUUAUUUACAUUUGAUUGUUUUGUUAUUUAUUUUGUUUGUGUGUCUUAAUUUCACCUCAUCUUUGAGGGACGGCCUCCGUGUGCACAGUCCUUGGCUGGCGGUCUUUGAGGACGGUCUCCGGGGCUCCUGGGGAGGGGGGCCUUCUCUCUCCUUGUGUUCCGCUCCUCACGCUUCGAUCAUGCUUUGAUCACGGUUCGAUCACGGUGCGUCCAGGUGCACCUGUGUCCCCGGUUUUCCUCCUUGGGGUUGGUGAGCUUCUACAACGUGUAAAGGAAUGGUUGUCAUCUCACUUGGUACGUUUGGGACCUUUCUGUGCUUUCCCUGUUGGUGGGACUCCAGCGUGUGUGCGCUUGGCUGUGGGUGCCUCGGUCUUCUGCUCCCUGACCUUCCCUGACCUUCCCCGCCCACAGCUGCCCUGGUGGCCUCUGCACAGUUCCUGUGCUUCCAGAAUCUCCUCGUUCUUCUUCCAUCUCUGCUGAUCCUAUUUGCUGACACACUGUUCUUAGGCUUCCUUUUAGUUCUUCAGACAGGGUUUCCUUGAAGUCCCGGUGUGGAGGGCGGGCUGGCGUCUGUGUUUCUUUGCAUGUCUCUAUCGUUUUAAAACUGGAUAAUUAAAAUAAUACAAUGUGGCAGCGAGGAAAUCAGACACCCCCCCCCCCCGCCCCGUCUCUGUGGUUUUGUUGUUUGUACAGUGAUUUCAUGAAUGGAUUCUGUGAAGUUUGUCUUUCUUUCUUCAGCUAGCCCAGUGGUCAGCCAAGGCUCGGAAGGAGAUCUUCCUAAAUUCUGGGAGCCAGUACGUGCCCCAGGCUUUGCUGCGGGGCCCUGUGUGUGCAUGCGACCCCCAGCCAGGCGGUGGGGCCGCCCGCUCCGCCAGAGACCCACGUGCAGGGUCUCCCCAGGCCUGUCUGGAGCCUGUGCACAGCCCUGGUGUGUGCACGGCCUUCCAGGGGCUGAGGAAUGUGUAGGAGCCUUCCCGAUCUCCCCAUGCACAUCUCCCUCCCCAGCGUUUCCUUUUAAGCUCGUUGGUUGGUCUAUUUUUGCCCCGGCUGCUAUCCACUGCCUCAGGCAGCUGCAUGUUAGACAACUGCCUCCGAUUCUUCUUUCUUUAGAUGAAGUCCCUUGGAGAAACGGCGGUUCCUACCAGGUGAGCCCCAGGUCGCGUCUCGUGAAGACAGCUCAGCAAGAGGGUCUGCCGGGAACCACCAGGCCCUUGUCUGGGAGUGGGCUUCGCGGGCCCAGCUCCGUUCUGCCCCCUCCCGUGGCUGCCAGGUGCUGGUUCUCAGGGUUACCAUGGAGAUGGGGGGGCAGGUGGAGAUACCCCACGCUCACUGUUCCUACCAACACCCGGGUGCUAUUCCCGAAUACACGUUCCUCGUGGCAAGUCUGGGGGUCGUUUCCGGAGGUCUGAAAAAGUUGCUUCUGACCGGUUUUGCUGGUGCUCUCCUUGCUUUAACGGAGACGAGGCUGUUCAGAUGGCCUGAUUCUGCCAUUUUAUCGAUGUCAUUUUUCAGAAUUUUAAAAACAGCCUCACCAAGUUGACAUACAGUGCACCACACACAUCCGAAGCGCGCGGCUUGACACGGUCUGACGUCUGCGUACCCCCAGCGAACCCACCCACUGUGCCCCGGCCCCCCCGCCGUGCCCACCCGUGAGCCCUCCCUCCUGCCCCUCUGCACGGACCGCCAUCUCUAGGCAACGGCUGCCCUGCUUUCUGUCCCUGUAGAUCAGCCGGCGUUUCUCCGGUCUUACAUAAGUGGGAUCAUUCUGUCACACAGCAUCAUUAUUUUGAGAUUCAUCUAUGUCGCUGUGCGAACCGGUGUUUCGUUCCCGUUUACCGCUGAACACAGUUCCCUUGUAGGGACACGCGCGGCUGGCCUAGCCGUUGCCUGUCGACGCACAUGUGCGUUGCCUCUCGUUGCUGGCUAUUAAGAAUGACCCUUCCUCGGACCCUGAUGCACAGGUCUUUGUGUGCGUGUGUGCUUUCCUCUCUCCUGGACAGUCACAUGCUGGACCAGAUGGAGGGGCUAUGAGUGACUUUAUAAGAAACUGUCCAGUCAUUUUUGAGGAUGGUUGUACCCCUUUCCAUCCCCACCAGCAGUGUAUGAAUUGCUGUACAUCCUCACCAACACUUGCUAUUAUCAGGCCUUUUAUUUCUGGCCUUUCUGUCGGUGGAUAGGUUGUCUCAUUGCGGUUUUAAUUUCCCUAACGACUACUGGUGUUGAGCCUUGUUCUGUGUUCUCAUUUACUCGCUGUAAAUCGUCUUUGGUGAAUUGUCUGUUCAGAUCCUUUACCCAUUUUCGAAGGGGCUGAUUUCUUAUUACUGAGUUUUGAGAGCUCUUUCUAUAUUCUGGCUAUGACUCUUACCAGAUGUGUAGAUUGCAGAUAUUUUCUCCCCGUCUGUGGCUGGUCUUUUAAUUCUCUUCACAGUGUCUUUUAAAAAGCAGGUAUUUUAAAUUUUGAUGAAAUCCGGUUUAUGGAUUUGUUCUUUCAUGGAUCGUACUUUGGGUUUUGACUCUAAGAAAUCCUUGCCUGACCCAAAGUUGCAAAGGUUUUCUUCUCUGUCUUCAUGUGGGAGUUUUAAGUCUAGGUUUUACGUGUGGAUGUGUGACGUGGAUCUCACUCCCCGGCGUUCCCUUGUGAGCUUGUUUGUGAGUCCGUGGUACAGGGUGUGUGGAGAGUGUCCAUUUCCCCCAUACAGGGCUAGCCAACUUCCGACACUAUUUGUUAAAAAGACUCCUUUCUCCACUGGACUGACUUGCAUUUUUGUCAAAACUCCACUGUCCGCAUGUGCGUGGGUCUAUCCUGGACGUUAGGUCAACUCCCCAUCCUGCUCCUGAUCUGAGGGGAAAGCGUUUGGUCUCACCCUUAUGAACAGUGUCGGCCAUGGGUUUUUGUAGGCGCCCUUGGUCAAGUGGAGGAGGUUCCCUUCUAUUUUGGUUUGCCCUGUUCUUAUCAGAAUGGAUGUUGGAUUUUUCAGGUGUUGGUUGUGUAUAGAGAUAAUUCUAUUGUUUUACUUUGUUAGCCUGGUGAAUUACAUUGAUUGAAUUUUGAAUGUAAACCAACCUCGGAUUCUUGGGCUGAACCCACUUGGUUCUGGUGUAUUACUUUUUAAAAUUUAUUGUUGGAUUCAGUUUAACAAAUGUUUAAAGAACUUUUUGUCUGUGUUCAUGAAAGAUGUUGUAUUCUUUUUCUUGCGCUAUCUUGGCUGAUUCUCCGUCAGGAUAAUGCCGGCCUCACGGAAUGGCUUGGGAAUAAUUCCUUCCUUCUCAAUUUUAUGGCACAGCUUAUGUGGAAUUGCUGUCCGUUCUUCCUUACCUGUGAGACAGAAUUCCCCCACUGAAGCCGCCCGGGGCCGAGUUUUCUUUGUGGGAAGGUUUUUAACUACGGACUCAGUUUGCUUAUCAGUCCUGUGCUGCGUAUUUGGGGCAACUGUGCGUCUCCCUGCGGCUUCUCCCCUCAGGUGCUCGCCCUGCAAACCACGGCUGCCUCGGUCUCCAUGGAUGCUCACACCCUCCGCUCAGGAUGUCCCUGGGGCCCCCGUGUGGCUGGGCACCUGGAAACUCCCUCCAGGCCUCCAGCUGGGCACUCAGCUGGCCCACUCGCUCUGUGUCCCUUUCCGUGGGCACCGUGGCUCGUCCGUCACCUCAUGUCCAGCACCUUGAAAACCCCAGCUUCAUAUGUUUUGUCUGUAGUUUCGUUGUUUCUGGCGGGAAAAGUAAAUCCAGGCCCUGUAGUCCAUCUUGGCUGGAAGUGGAAGUCUGCCAUAUGGGUUUUUUGCUGGAAAGUAAUACCUGUUUGUUGGAGCAAAUCUAGAAGAUGCCCCUUCCAUUGUGUGUAAAAGAAUGUCGUGGCAUGGCAUUUCCUUAAAGCAGAUCUCAAAAUGGAAUUUCUGGGUCAAAGUGUGUGAACACUGCAGGCUCAGACAUUCGGCCAAAUCUCUGUCUGGGAGGUGGUCACGUUUACCAUGUGAGCAGCAGACAACAGAGCUUCGCUCAGUGCCAGAGGGCGGGUGGUCUUUCCUGCUGUUUGUGCCUCGUCAGGCCCCAUAGAUGGCACUCCCAGGCGUUGUCUGGCUCUGCCCGCCGGCGCCCACAGCCCGUGGGCAACCCGCUAACUCGUCACCCCCUUCCUAGUCCAGGCUUCCACUGGAAACCACACCCCCUCCCUCGGACGCAGGUCCCUCCUGGCCGGCCCCUCCUGUGUCCCCAGCUGCAGGGCAGGACCUCGGCGGAGGCGACCGGGUGCUGAGAGGUGGUCCCGGGGCACACCCGCAGCCUGACCUGGGUCUGGUCAGGGAGGACCCGUCCCUGUCUCCCCCAGAGGGGAUACUUUGUCCGCAGCUCCAUCCCUGAGCCUGGGCGCCGACAGAGCACCCAAACCAUGAGCCCUGGGCUACUCUGCAGGCUGCACCCUGCGUGGACAUUGAGGACGGGGAGAGGCCCCGGGGACCCCAGACCCAAAGGGACCUGUGCCUAUACGUCUGUGAAAGCUGGGCCCGCGGCUUCUACUCUGAUUUCUGCACCCACGGCUCGUGGGACACUGGUGGAUGGAGACGGCAGUGCGGGCCGGACGCUGUCGGCUGCCCCGGGAUGUGGGAGAUCCAGGGAGAAGUCUCAGCAACAUGGCAACAACAGAACAGCUCUGUGUCGUGGGGUCUGCGCGGUGCCUCACGUGUCUGGCCCACGGGACACGACGCUCUGUCGGCUCUGUGUGGACGGCUUAUUUUCAGGGCUGUACCCUUAGGUGCACAAGGCACUGGGCUCCGGCGGCCGAGAUGGGGCCGACUGCGCCCAGGGCUCUGCGUUGUCCCUCGAGGACAGGCUCCCUGCGUGGCCAGGGCCUGGGAGAGCGUGGCGCACGCCGGCCCCCGUCCCUGAGUCACCUUGGCCGUCCCCUGCCCCUCCCAGUUGUGCCUCGCCGUGGGCAGCUCGGGUCCAGGCCAGGGGGCCCCUCCCUGCAGGCUGCAGCGGGACUGACAGCCACCCGCGGGGCGCAGCGCGCCCUUGUUCUCCGGCUGCGCAAACAGGCAGCUGAGGGGCAAGCGGGAGGGAGCCUCCAGACUCCCGAAAUGCAGGACGCCAGCAGUGUGCGGGAGAACUCGCACCUGGGCACUCGGAGCACCUCUGGAGACCCGGCUCUGCCCAUCGGUCCUUGCUCUCUCAGGCCAUCCCCUCCUGCCGCCAGCACUGAGCGGCCGGGUCCUGUGCCCCGCUGUCCCCUGAGGGGGACUCUGAGCCCCUGUGCUAAUGGGGGAGCCCGGUGAUGAACAGAGAAACAAACCAAGGCACACAGACCUGCGGGAGUGAAGGAAACAGAAGCGGGGGCAGGGUAUAGAGGGCUGGCAGGAGCUGAGAGCAGAGCGCUGGCUGGGGAGGAGCCCAUCAGCGCUCUGGGAGGAGAAUGUUCCGGACUGAGGGGCCCCAGCUGUGCGGGGGGGUUGUGGGUGUGGCCAGAGGCUGCACUGAGGGGCUGAGUGGGGGGGAGAGGGCCACGUGGGGUCCCUGGGCCAGGUUGUAGGUUUGGGCUGGCAUCUGAGCGCCACAGAAGCCCCUGGAAAGUUCUAGAAGGAGGGGCAGGUCGGACCCUGCAUAAUAGUAUAUAUGCAUUAGCUAUCCGUAUUUCCAGUACGUGGAAAGGGAGGGAGAGGCUGAGGGCCCCUCAGCUCACCCUCAGUCACACGGAGCCUCGGUGGGGUCUGAAAGGCCCACAGAUAUGCUCGUUUUAGCCUUUCACGAUUUUUCCCGACUUCUUGCAAAAGUGGUCUAAGAUCCUCAGACCAGAGCUUCCCCUGGCCUUAAGGGUGGGCUCCGAUUAGCACAGAGCCGUGUAGCCGGUGAGCCCCCCGUGGGCGGCAGAGGGAGGGGAAGACCCCCCGCCCCUGCCUGGCACCCCUGAGCUUCCUGGUUCUGACCGGUCUGGCUGUGGGCACCCCCGGCCAGGAGAGCCUCUGUUCUUGGCACCUGGAAGGAAAAACACAGGGCAGACAGGGGAGGGGGUCGCUGUCCUGUGUGUGGGGUCACAGCCCAGCCUGCCUUUCCCCAUUAACCCCUGACCUCGAUUUGCAGCCCUGGGGGAGGGUCCCCUGUGGACGCAGCCGGGCAGCCUGGGGUGGAACGCACACGCAUGGAGGCCAGGUGUGGACAGGGGCCGGAAUCGAGGUCCAGGGGGUGGCGGGGGCCGCGCUCUGUGUCUGGAUCUGGGUGCCGGGUAAACAGUGUGUUCCGUUUGUGGAAACUCCCCAGGAGUCCACUUAGGGUUCCUGAGGCCGGAAGCAGGUUGGACCCCCUGCAAGGGGGCCCCGGCACAAGUGAACACGCCUUUUCUCUGCCUUUUGUGGGCGGGCUGCACGGACGCAACAAACCCCCAGCCCCCUCCGCGAGAGGCCGAGAGGCCUGGCGUCUGGGGAAUCCCACGCAGACGUGGUGGCCGUCGCCAUGAGCCCCAGCUCUGGCGGAGAAGCCCUGUGCCCCCCAGGCUGUGCAGGAGGCGGUGCGCGGCCGUGGACGCGCCGUGCUCGCAGGGUGCUGUGGACGGUACAUGUGCUUGGUCAAAUUAAGUAUUUCUAUCCAUUUGCUUGAUGGAUGUUUGAUCAGAGGAAUUUAAACCUUAACUGUAAGCAGUGGGUCUGCUUUAAAGUGAAUUAUUCAUCAGGAAACAGGCAAAACAUCCCAAGAGAUCAAUACUUGGCUUCUGAGUUUUUAUUUUUCUAAAAGGAUCGCUAAAUGCUGCAGGCGGGAGCAGCUCUGGUCCAGGCCAGGGGGCCCUCCCUGCAGGCCUGGGAGGGGCGUGGCACCACACAAGUGUUCUCGGGGAGCAGGAGUCCACAGCCAGCCAGGUUUUGGGGUGACUGCCCCUUGAACUGUGGGGCCCUGGGUAGAGGCGGUGUGUCCCCUUGGGCACGUUUCUGGUGACCCACGAGCGGACCUUUCACUGCCAGGCCCCGUCAGGGUCCGGGAUGGCUGGGCCCUGCUGACACAUCUCAGCAGUGGAGGGAUGACUGGGGGGGGGGUGUAAGGAGAGCCCCCCACACCCCAGGUGCCGGUGGGACAGACGGCCAGGCCGGGUGACUCAGGGACACCCCAGGUUCCGGUGGGACGGAGGGCCAGGCCGGGUGACUCAGGGAGGGGAGCCCCCCACAUCCCAGGUUCUGGUGGGACGGAGGGCCAGGCCGGGUGACUCAGGGAGGGGAGCCCCCCACACCCCAGGUUCCGGUGGGAUGGAGGGCCAGGCCGGGUGACUCAGGGAGGGGAGCCCCCCACACCCCAGGUGCCGGCGGGACGGAGGGCCAGGCUGGGUGACUCAGGGAGGCCAUGGGAGGGCCUGGGUGUGAGGCCCUGGGUGCAGCCCUGGUGGAGGUGGGCACCUUUGUGAAGAUAGGAUCCUGGGCUUAGCGGGAGCUCUGGGAGGAUGCACAGUCAGUGGGGAGCCCCCCAGGCCUGCAGCCCACAAACCACCAGGCUCAGCAGGGGGAUACCCCGCUCCCACUGCUCUGUUGGAGCUGCUGGGGUGGGGGCUGGAAUUCCCUCCGAUGUGUUAUUAAUAGUGUUGUUUCCCCCUUAUUCCUGAGUUCAUGGGUGUUUCUUUUAGAAGCUUGAGAAAGUGCAGAUCGGUGAAAGGAAGACAGUAAAACUCACUGGUAUUCCAACCACUCAGAUAAAGUGACUGUCGGUAUUUACUUUAUUGCAUGGCAUUUCAGAUAUGUAUGGGACUGUACUAUUUCUGUCCCUUUGCACUCUUUUUUCACUCUGUGAUGUGAGUAUCUGCGUGAGCUACUCCCAGUCUCGCCAUUUCAACUGGACUCUCUGUGCUUCCUUGGGCUCCGAUGCCUUCCGGGUCACUUGGUCGUUUCUCGAUUGUCACCCUGAACGACACAGUGAUGGACACCUGUGGUGACCUCAUGCUCUUACCUGCCCAACGUCUAACGGGGGACCCUCGCUCUCGUGGCUGGGUGGGGCUGACCCCGCUCCCGGCUCCGGCUUGGCCGCUCAGAGCCAGGCGUCCUCCCGCAGAUGGACUGCACCAGGGGCGGUCCUGUGGCCUGAGCCGAGCCAUCAGAACCAUCCCAGGGAAAGGGGUGUCCUCCUCCGUUCCUGGGGCUCGCCAGCCACGGGUCACCUCCGGCCACCACAUAAAGAAACAGAGCGUGGGCUUGAGAGGGACAGUGGCCUGGUGACUGGCCUGGACUCCUGGCUUAGCAGGGCCCACACCAGAGUCCCUUUCCGUGUGUGGCGCUUGUUUGCUUGUUUGCUUGUCUGAUGUGCGGGACACACAGCCAGAGAAGGGCCCCGGUUUGGGAUCAGGAACAGAGAAGGCGGUGGGAGCAAGCUGCUGCCCAGGGCAGCGCCCGAGGGUAGGGGCGGCGUGGCGCGGUGUGGGCAGAGUGUGUCAGGGGCUAACCCCAGCUGCAGGGUCGUCUUGCCCACUUGCCAGAGCCUUCCAGCUGUUGGCCCCAGUUCAGCACCUGUGGUUGCAGAGAGAGAAGGAGCCACAGCUGUCGGGGAGAAGCCCCUCCAGCCGGGAUGGGAGAUGCUCGUCCCCAGACUAAGGCCGGGGGGCAGAGCCCAAGCCCAGACAGACACUGGGUGGAGGCUGGCCUGCUCCCGAGCUCUUACUGUUGACGCAGGUAUGGCGGUGAGAAACAAGCAGGCACUUCUUCACAUGGGGGGAGGGUGGUGAAGGGCACCACGUGGGGUGAGCUGCGUGAGCGCGCUUCGCAUGGGCGCCCUGUCUGAGGCUGAGCGGGCCGAGGAGGGGCGGCAGCAUCCAGGAGGGGCGGACAGGGGCUAGGGGCCCACCAGCCGGGGCUGUGGACACUGAGGGACCACGCUAGGUGGUUUUCACAAAAUAAAAAGUAAGGAAGGAAAAGCCAGGGGAGACCCACCCCCUCAGAAGCCAGCGGGCGUUGCACUCAGCCCAAGACCUGCCCGAGGGUCCCCGGGGCCCAGGUGAGCCCCUGGGGCAUGUGUCCUGUCCUGUGCUGGCUGCUCAGACCGGCCUGUCCGCAAACUCUCGGCCCCCAGAUGAGCGCUGGGGACUGGAGACAGCGGGAGCCCGGGGAGCAGGAGGCCCGGUCCUCCCUGCAAGUUGCAUCUGGAUGGGGGAGGCGGGAGCACCCCACCCCGAGGGUCUGCACCGUCCCAAGCGGGCACAGUGGUGCCAAAGUCAGCGGCCGGCCUGGGAAGGCAGAGUGGUCCUUAUCUGCUUCCUCGAGGCUCGCUGCGCCUGGCUGGCUGGAAACGCUCAGCCCCGCCCGCCAUCGUCGGUUCCCAGACAUGCUCGGGGCCCCUGAGCUCCUGGCAUCCGGCGUCCUGGCUGGGAAGCUGCCCGUCGCCGGCUCCCACGCGCCUGGCUCGCUGCUGCUGGGGCUCGGCUGUACGUGGGUCGCUGCUCUGUUUUUGUGGGCAGCACAUCCAGGGGGCGGUUCCCGCCCUGCCCCGGGCUGUCGAGGUCACCCCACAUCCCUCUGUCCUCCCCCGCCUCCCUCCACCACGCGAGGACCCCGCGGUUGCUUUGGGACCGACCUGGAAGUCCGGGAGAACCUCCAUCUGUAAGUGCGUGGAAGUGCAUGGGCAUCUUUGGGACCGCCACCAUCGGGGCUCCCUCACGUGUCCCCAGUACCGCGUCGGGACUGUGGACCUGGCAGAGGGCCCUGGCCGUCGGAAGAGAGCCCAGCGUGGUGGGCGGGGGAGGGGCAUUAACAAGGACCCGGAGGCUACACCUGCUCCUGGGGGGAGAUGCUCACCCCCCGGGGAUCCCCUGGAGGCUUGUCAACGAUGCAGGUGAGUCUUCAUGUCAGGCAGCUGGCGGCGUGGAGCCGAGGGUCUCUGGGGGACGGGCCAGUUCUGCCGCGGUGGCCCGGAUGCAGUGUUUCUCACCAGCUCCGGGUGAUGCCUGCCACGCUGUCCGGAAGCCUCACUGUGAGUACGGAAUCGGUGGAGGUCGGGAAGCUAGCCAGGUGCGGCCAGAAAGUCGGCAGGUCCAGAGCACACCAGAGACUUGGCUUCAGCCGGACGGCGCAGCUCAGCGAGGACAAGUGGAUGGACUUAGGGACCUGAGGACGCGCCGAGCCCCCACACCUGACGCCCGUAGCUCAGCCCUGGCGCCUCUCCCAGAGGUGGGGCGAGGCCGCCCUCUUGGGUGCUGCAGUUGGCAGUCGCUGGGCCUUAGAAACCACCUGACAGAGACAUCGAUCGCUGGUUUCACCGCCAAAAACAAAUCCGGAGUCGCCCCGUCCAAGGUCAGCAGCUCCCUGCCCCGGCCUGGACACAAGGACCAGAGGGGCUGGAGCUGUGCUGACCUGGUCACAUGGCCAGGACCUGGGACGGUCGACCUGAUGGACGCAGGAGUGAUGGAGCACGUGGGGCCAGCACGCCGUGAAGCAGUAUCCCAGAGCCUGCGGGAAGAGAGGCCGUGCGAUGGGUCUCGCCGUCUGCCCCCACCGGGGAGAGGGGCGGGAGGACACGACGGCGAGGCGGGUAGCCACACUGGGAAAGCAUGAGAGACGAGGCAGGCAGCAUGAGUCCACCGCCAGAGAUGCGUCCUUGACAGACCAGCCCACGUGCCAGGGUCCAAGAGGUCGCUGGAAGGCCCCGGGAGACCGGCUCACCCGCUCUUCACAGCGGGGAGGGACCCAUCUCUCUCCUUCUGUUCUCCGGAGGGGGAGCACGGGGGACCCGGGCCACGGCCGGCAAGGCCCCAUGCACAUCCUCACGUGGCCCAGCAGCUCGUCCUGAUUUCAGAACUUAAAACAAAGCCCAGUGAUCAAAACGGUAUGGAGCUGGUGUAAGGACAGAUGUGCAGACCAAUGGAAUAGAACAGAGAGCCCCAAAAUAAACCCUCAAACGUACAGUCAGUGACCCUCUACAGGGGGCCAGCAUCACUCACUGGGAAGGACAGUCCCUUCGGCAGAUGGUGCUGAGAAAACUGGACGUCGCGGGCAGAGGAGGGUGCUGGACCCUUGUCCGGCGCCGUAUACAGAAAGUAACUCAGACCCAAACCAACAACUCCUAGAAGGAAACCGGGCAGAGCUUCCUGGCCCUGGAUGUGGCACGGAUUCCGUGGACGUGGCCCCAGACGCCCAGGCACCGGCAGGAAAUGUUGCCGCCCCGCGUCUGUGCGGAGCCUCCUGGAGGCACGCUCCUCCCGCCCCCUGCGGUCUGUGCCCCCCUGUGCGCGGCAGGGCCGGGUGCCACGGGGCGUCCCGCCCAUCCGUCUGCAGAUGCUCAGGGGAAGCUCACGCGGCUAAACCCACCUCGUCAACAUGAGGCCCUUUGGGCAGAAAUGCCCCCUGACACGCGCAGCCCUGAGCGGCGUGAGCGGGGCGGACUGUUUCUCGGACACAGGGGUGGGCGUCACGGAGGGGGCCCGGCCUGUGAUCCACCUCUGCAGGGAGAGGUGAGGCUGUGGUCCGCAAGCAGCCUGCGGGGCCGAUGUGCAGAGUCCGCAACCCCCCUUCACCUUCCCUGCAGGACUGUGUGCGUGGGACAGGCCCUGGUCAGCCCCGCGGACACCAACGACUCCUCCACCCGUGAUACGUUCAGGUGGGGUGAGGAGGGGGACGGGAGGGCCGGACCCCCUAGAGGUCUUGUCCUUGCAUCCGGGGCUCCCAGCUCGCAGGGUCUGUCCCCGGAGAAGGCGGUCUGGCCGCGAGAGGCCACGCAGAGGCCAGCUCGGGGAUAUCACGAGUGAACGCUAGAAGUUCCAGCACCGUGUCCACCGGCCUCGGGUCACGGCUACACGCUCUCACCUGCGCCCCCCGCAGUGCCUUCGUGCAAACAUGCGAAGGAGAAGCUUCGAGAGACUUCAUGGCCGACCGCGCCCCAAAUCCUGACUUUCUGCCCCUGUAGAAAAGCAGCGUUUGCAGCCAGAGAGCACAUCCCAGUGCGGCUGGUGCGGUAGCUGUGCGUCCAUCACUGCCCGGCGUUGCCCUGGAAGGGCCAGAACCGCAUGCGCGGCCUCCAUGGAGCCCCGGCCUUCACUCCGCACGGGCAACGGCAGAGCCGGGCCUCCCUGCUCCCCUGAGCCGGGGGCCACCUGCUCCCGGGGGCCAUGCAGGUGGCCGGGGGGGAAGCUGCCCAAGAGAGCGGUUGUGGUAGGAAGGUUGCUGUUACUGUUUGCAGAAGGGAUUUCCUGUUUUGUUGACUUUUGUCUAGAUUUACCCCACUUUCUUUUUUUGUGGGUAUAUUUCCCUCUCACUUUCUGAUAUAGAUACAUCAAAAUGGGGCCGUUUGGGGUCCAAAAUGCCUCCUGCAACCCUUGCCAACGUCUCACCAAAAUACCAGUGAAGACUCAAAAAAGCCAAGGUGCAGAUGGGUAAGAGAUUAAUUUUUAAAACAAAGUGAUUGAAGUACGAGGAAUAAGUGAACACAAUGUUUAUUUUUCUCUCAAGUGAGGAAAUACUCUCUAAGCAUAUCACAAAGGCAGAAACUAUAAGGAUUAAGAAAUUAAGAAUUAAAAUUUCGGGGGCGCCUGGGUGGCUCAGUCGUUCAGUGUCUGCCUUCGGCUCAGGUCAUGAUCCUGGGGUCCUGGGAUCGAGCCCCACGUUGGGCUCCCUGCUCCGCGGGAAGCCUGCUUCUCCCUCUCCCUCUGCCCCUCCCCCCUGCUCAUGGUUUCUCUCUCCCUCUCUCUCAAAUAAAUAAAUAAAAUCUUUUAAAAAAUAAGUAAAAACUUUAAAAUAAAAAAAGAAUUAAAUUUUUUUGUGUAACAAAGAACGUUUCACGAACAAAACAGAAUGGCCAAUGAUUUUAGGGAGGGCAGGCAUUUCAGCUUAUGUCAUCAUAUGAUGAUGGAGGCAACACUUUGAACUAUAAAGAGAGGAUUCAGGUGCCUGAGAGAAAGUGUGGUCCCUUCGCGGGCGACCCCGUUGGACGUCUCUGCCCCAGCUUCCCCUGCACCUCUUUUGGGGCCUGCGCUCGGCUAUCCCCAAGGCCUGGCUCCCACCUGGUCGGCAGCCUCCGUGGUGCCUUCCGGGAGCUGGGGGCCAAUCACAGCUUUGUCGGUCCUGGGAUGGCGGGAUGGGGCAGGGGGCUGAGGAUACCCGGGCCCGGCCGCCUUCUCUGUCUGUGUGACUUGCUGGCUCCCGGGGCCGGUCCUGGGACCACCUUCCAGAUAAACGGCUUACAGGCAAAUCCUUGACUCGGGAUCUGGUUCUGAGAGAAUCAAACCAAGCCCCAAUUAAAAGUGGGGAAAUGUCCACAAAAAGAGAAACACAAAUAGCCAGCCGCUC